GAAGCUUCCCUUGAAGAGACUGGAGAGAGAGAGAAAGAAGACAACAGAGGCAGGGACCCGCGGCUAACAGCUCCCAACACUAGCGAGAUGGUCGCAGAAGAUCCUGCAUAAAACAAGAAGCUGAGGAGGCCGUCCCUGAGACAGCUGUACCAUCGAAUGGCCAAAUGCUCAGCAACAUGGAAUCGCAGAAGGACAUUACAACGUGGGAAUCCUUCCGAGCUAAAACCAAGCCCUUCCUGCAGAGUUUGAAGAAAGGCAAAAUAUCCAGCAAGAGGAAAGAAGGGAAGAAGCGGCACCUUUUGGAUCAGCGGAUGAGUGUGUCGGAGCCAGACAUGCUGCAAGUGGGCAAGACCUACCGCGAGAGCUGCUCCCGGGUAAUAGUGAAGACCGGCGCUGUCAAUUACUUCAGCAGCCCCUCCACCCCGGUUAAGAAACUGGAUCAGGUCGAGCCUCCGCAGAUUUCGGUCUCGCCGGGCCAGGCACAGACACAGGAGGACUCCUGCUCUGGAAAGGAAGCUUGCACGUUCACUACAUUACCCAUAUUAGCCAAGGAAUCCUGCAGCAACAGUGCUGAAGACCUGGUGGAACGCAGCUAUUACCUGGGAGUGGAUGACAGAUAUGCGGAUGAUCUCAGUGAAAACACAGACCUCGAAUCAUCGCAGAGUUCACAGUUCUUUGAGCAGUCCUUCGAACACCAUGAAGGAUCAAGUCGAGAGCCAUCUGCAUGUAGUUUGCCCUCAUACCUUUUGACGAUCCAGUUGAAGGAAGGACGGAAUCUGGUAAUCCGGGAUCGCUGUGGUACAAGUGAUCCUUACGUCAAGUUCAAACUAGCGGGUAAAACGCUGUACAAGAGCAAGAUCAUGUACAAAAACUUAAACCCUCGAUGGGACGAGACUUUUGUCAUUCCAGUCAAGAAUUUGAAUCAAAAGCUGUACGUCAAGGUUUAUGACCGAGAUUUGGCCACAGACGAUUUCAUGGGUUCUGCAUUUCUCUGUCUGAGUGAUCUGGAAGUGAACAGCACCGUCCAGAAGGAAUUGCAGCUUGAUGACCCAAACAGCUUGGAGGAGUACAUGGGCGAGAUUAUCCUGGAGAUAAAACUUGCCAACAAACCGAGGGAUGGCAGAAGAAAUGCCAGUCACAUCAGGAAGAAACGAGGGACGCAUACAAAGACUAGCCGCAUCCCGAACAUCUGCCUGUCUGAUAGCCUUUGGAAAAGCCAGCUUUGGGACAGCAUUGUAACUAUCACUCUGUUUGAAGGAAGGGGGUUCAGAGAAGAUGCGGCUGAAGGAUGCUACGUCAAAUUCAGGCUCGGAGAGGAGAAGUACAAAAGUAAGGUUCUAUACAAAUGCACAAAUCCUCAGUGGCGAGAACGGUUUAAUUUCCACCUAUUCUGCAACAGGACAAAUAUUUUGGAAGUGGAAGCCUGUGGGAAAGGCAGCCAAAAACAGGAAGCAAGCUUUGGCAUGUGCAAGGUUAACCUUUUGACAUUAUCCAAAGGGGUGACAAACUAUAAGGAGCUGUCGCUGGAGAAUGGCCAGGGUUGCGUGGUUUUGUUGCUUACAUUCACAACAUGCAACGGGGUCUCCAUCUCUGACCCCUGUGUCAGCCCACUACAUAAUGAGACAGAGAGGCAGCAGAUUAUUCAGAGAUAUAGUUUGAGAAACACUUUGCAGGAUCUGAGCGACAUUGGGUUUCUGCAGGUUCAGGUGAUAAAAGCUUGUAACUUGGCCGCAGCAGAUUUUGCAGGGAAAAGCGAUCCAUUCUGUGUUCUGGAGCUGGGCAGUGAUAAGCUACAAACUCACACUGUGUACAAGAACCUCAAUCCGGAAUGGAACAAAGUAUUCUCGUUUAACAUUAAGGACAUCCAUGAUGUCCUUGAGGUGACGGUCUUUGAUGAAGAUGGAGACAAGCCACCAGAUUUUCUGGGCAAAGUUGCAAUACCCUUGCUUUCCAUCAAGAACGGUCAACAGACUGCCUAUUUUCUGAAGAACAGAAAGCUGGGCCGACCAGAGAAAGGAGUUCUUUACUUACAGCUGGAUAUAAUCUAUAACCCGAUUAAAGCAAGUCUCCGAACAUUUAAACCCAAAGAAGCAAGGAACCAAGAAGAAAACACCAAAUUUUCCAGAAAGACAUUAACCAGGAACGUUCGGCGUGUUCGUAAUAUCACAAGGGCAAUAUGGAAUACGCUGCAGUACAUCCAGAGCUGCUUUGAAUGGCAUUCUCCCCAAAGAAGUCUAAUCGCAUUUCUGUUGUAUUUGGUGAUCGUCUGGACUUUUGAGAUCUACAUGAUCCCACUUGCCUUUUUGAUGCUUUUUGCCUGGAACUACAUCCAGAUGGCCAGAGGGAAAGUUGUCAGCCAGCACUACAUGGAGGAUUACGAUGUGGACAUUGACGAUGAUGACGACGAGGAUGAAAAGGACUCUGAGAAAAAAGGCUUGAUAGGCAAGAUCCACAUGGUUCAAGACAUUGUUAUUACAGUUCAAAAUUUCCUGGACACAGCAGCAUCGUUUGGUGAAAGAAUCAAGAACACCUUCAACUGGUCAGUCCCGUUCCUUUCCAAACUUGCCUGUGCUGUGCUCAUUGUCUGCACACUCAUGUUGUACUUUGUCUCACUGAGGUAUCUCCUGCUGUUCUGGGGCAUACACAAAUUCACGAAGAAGCUAAGAAAUCCGUACGCCAUCGAUAAUAACGAACUGCUUAACUUCCUCUCCAGAAUUCCAUCAGAUGUCCAAAAGGUGCAGCAUGCCGAGCUGAAAAUGAGCAAUGGCCUGACUCCUGUUAAGAAGAGAAAAGGCAACUCAUAGCCCGUGGAUCAAGAUGGAGUCACUGAUACCUUGAUCGUUCGGCUGAGAACUACAUUGAGAGCUCCCAUUUUGAACUGGCCACUGUCGAACUUGUUGUCCCUGUGGGUUGGGUGUCUAUCUUAUUCAGCCAAGGUCUAAAAAUGAUUUUUAUUUCAUUCAGUGGAAAUAUGUGCAAUGUUUUGAGUUAACAAUAUAAUUUGGAUAUAAGAUAUUUGGGUUAAUUUGAGAUCUCUGACACUAUUUUGCUUUUGGUGCCAGUUGUUUGCUCCUUCUAUCCUGGAACUUUGGGAUUGGUAUAUGUCAGUGCUGCUUGUCAGUAUUCUGACAGAAUGCCGACCUUUUAGUCAUCCUGUGGACUUUUAUUCUGUAAACUCAGGUGAGUUAUUUAAAUGAUGACGUUACAUUGGUGCACCAGGUUACAGCCCUGGUAGGGAAGGUGGAGAUCUACCUCCAUCAUUGUUAAUGUUUCAGGAACAAAAAGUCCACAUUGUCCUGUUUACUCUGUUGGCAUGACAUGAUACAUUUUGUAUAGAUUUUAGAGGCCUGUUUUUUAUUCUCUUACUUCCAAACAAGCUACCAGUUUGUUGAUCACCUGUUUUGUGCUGCUGCCAAAGACUAGUUUCACUCCCCAUGUGCUUUCCUGUUACUUUCCUGCUCAUUUCUUUUGUCUUUAUUCCUUUUGCUGCUUCUCUCUCUUUCUGCCAAGAAUCAUGGAUUAGGUUUUUGCCCCAUCACUUGGUCCUUCCACCUCACUGUGAACAAAGCUUCAAUUAGGAUGGUCUCAGUGGUCGGGCUUUCUCUUGCUUUGAAAUCUCCAUGCUUCUUUCACAGUAUUAAAGACAGGGUGUCGCGCUGCACCAGUUUGGAAGCUGCCAGAGUGAUUACAGUGGUAAAUCUGUGGGUUUGUGUCAAGUCUAAGACUCUUCCGUAUUGACUGUGGUCAGCUGGGAACCACAGGUACAUUGAUAGCCUGUUUUGCACUGCUGCCAAAGACCAGCUUCAGACCCCGUAGUGUGGAGCCGGAGGAACACAGCAAGCCAGGCAGCAUUAGAGGAGCAG